AAGUGUCAAACACAUUCUGCGGCGUUUUUCGGUGUAGUCUCGGUCGAGGGGGGACAGACCCGAGACCUUUUCCUACCGCCGGUCCAGCUCGCCGUACGUCAACUUUAAGAGAGGCCAGGCAUCAGCUGCCAUGUCAACACGCAGCUGAAAGUAAAGACCUGCUGGCUGCGAUACAUGACAGCGCACACCAGUCAUGGAGUUCAACAAAUUAGCGACCCUGUGGAUGUUUUUCUGGUGUCUGUCUGGAGAAAGUUGGGCUGAAAAAACGAGCGCGCCUAACCCGGACGGCCACGUCGCUGAGAACGCGGUGUCAGAGUUUUGUCGCAUCGAUGCGCCACUAUGCAAGGAUGACGAUGGAAUCCUCAGCUACGAAGCGAUUCGUAGCAUCCACAAGCAGAUGGACGACGACGCCAACGGCAACGUGGACGUGUCUGAGACAGACGGCUUCCUGAGAGAAGAUCUAAAUUACCACGACCCCAAAGCCAAGCACAACACCUUCCACGGGGACGACCAGUUCAUCAGCGUGGAGGACUUGUGGAAGGCCUGGAAGGGCUCUGAAGUGUACAACUGGACAGUGGAUGCUGUGGUGGAGUGGCUCAUCACCUACGUGGAGCUGCCCCAAUAUGUGGAGGCCUUUCGCAAGAUGAAUUUCAAUGGAACUGUCAUGCCAAGGCUCGCCAUAAAGAACGCCACUCUGACUCUCUCUAUUCUGAAGAUCCUGGACCGCAGCCAUGUGCAAAAGCUGCAGCUCAAAGCUUUGGACACUGUUCUGUUCGGAGCGCCUCUGAUGAACCGACACAACCACUUGAAGGACUUCAUGCUGGUCGUGUCAAUAGUCAUAGGCAUGGGUGGCUGCUGGUUUGCCUACAUCCAGAACCGCUACUCUAAGGACCACAUGAAGAAGAUGAUGACUGACCUGGAAGGCCUGCAAAGAGCCGAGCAGAGUCUGCAUGACCUACAACAGAAGCUGCAGAUUGCCCAGGAGGAGCACCGCACUGUGGAGGUGGAGAAGGUGACCCUGGAGCAGAAGCUGAGGAAUGAAAUCAACGCAGCAAAGCAGGAGGCCCACCGUCUGAGGGAGCUGCGCGAGGGCACCGAGAAUGAGCUGAGUCGCCAGAAAUACGCAGAGGAAGAGCUGGAUCAGGUGCGCAUGGCAUUGAGAAAAGCAGAGAAGGAGCUGGAGUCGCGGAGCAGAUGGUCCCCGCCGGAGUCUCUCCAGAAGUGGCUGCAGCUCACCCACGAGGUGGAGGUGCUGUACUACAACAUCAAGAAGCAGAACGCUGAGCGGCAGCUCCUGGUGGCCAAAGAAGGGGCAGAGAAGAUAAAGAAAAAAAGGAACACUCUGUUUGGCACCUUUCACGUGGCUCACAGCUCCUCCCUGGAUGAUGUGGACCACAAAAUACUGGCAGCAAAACAAGCGCUGGGCGAGGUGACGGCCGCUCUGCGGGAGAGGCUGCACCGCUGGCAGCAGAUAGAGAUCCUCACAGGCUUCACCAUCGUCAACAACCCGGGCCUUCCUUCUCUGGCCUCCUCCCUCAACCUCGACCCCGGCUUCGCAGGCGGCAGAGCCACGCCGCAGCACUUCAUCAUGUCCGACGACAUGGACGACAUGGAUGAGGAUUUCUUGCCUGGAACUCUGCAAUACGGCACCCAAAUGUUGGAGCGGCAAGCCAGCGACGUGUGGUCUGUCGGCUCAGACCGCAAGCACAUGUGGAAACAACCCGCUCCCAGUAUGAUGUCCCUGCGCCAACGCCACAUUGACCCCCAGCUGGCCAUGGGCUCCCAGAGGUUGGUAGAGAGUUGCCCAUUGGCGGGGCAGCAGGGGGAGGGAACCCCAUACCCAUCCAGGUCUAGGGCCACCCUCGCACAGUCCCGCAGCCUGUCGUUUGGCCAGCUCGACUGUCCCCCUCUGCCUCCUCUGUCCUCGGCCGUGUCUCACCCUUCCGUCAUCUGUGCCUCAAAGCUAAACCCUCAUUCACACAGCUCUGUGGGCGCCGUUGAAGCCCCUCAUUCCUCCCAUAUAUAUCACGCUUCUUUCCAGCCCAUGGAGUCCAUUCCUGAUUUCCCCUUCUCCGAUGUCUCCAAAGCGCACCCCUCAUACGGCGACGGCUUCGGGGACCUAAAUCGCUCUGACUCCGAUUCCUCCCUGUCGCUCUCUCAAGCUGGCGAACGGCUGUCCGCCUACAGCUCCAAAGGCCACGUCAUCAAGCCCAACUCCUUCCUUCACGGCCUGUCCGGCCGCACAGACGACGCCGCCUCUCUGCACGCUCACACCCCCAACGGAGGGAACCGCGUUCACGAGGUCAGUCCCACAGAGCCUGUCCUUGACAGCCCCAUACUCAUGAAGAAGGUGUACGGCACGGAGCAGUCGCCCAGCCUGGGGGAGAUCAGCAGCCUGACUGAGUCGUCCCGCUCGCUCAGCCCCAACUCCACCGAACCGGACACGCCGUCACCGUCAGGAGGGCAGCCGGCGGUGAUGGUGAACAGCCGCAUCCCGCAGCUGUCGUCCAAGAAGAGCCCGCUGGAGGAAGACAGCGGCUCUACGGGAGAAGAGACAGAUUCCACUGCCGGUCGCAAGAAACACACCUUCAAGAUCUUUAAGAAACAGAGGAAAUAAGGGCUACAUGAACUACAGGCUUACAAAGCUUUGUUUUUGACUGUCUUCCUCUGGUCUGUUCAAAGAAGAAAAAAAAGUCAUUAAAGGUAAAAUGAGGGCUUAAUCUGUUGCCCUUAUGUCUUGUUGUUGGUACGACGCCUACUCUAGGAAACUGAGGGCAACCAGCCGUCUGCUUUCAUCUGCUUAAUGGGUCAAUGUUGAAUUUUUGGGAAGUGGGUAGGUUUGUAUAUUGGAAUGUAAAGUAUUAUUUAUUCUGCAGGACGUUGUGCUACUCAAAGGGAAAUGUGUCUCCCGGUUGGUUUUUGUUCUACAAUCUAUUACAUUUAGCAUGUCUUCACGUUUGUUGGACUGAUACUCGAAUGCCCUUAGUGUUUGCUUGGUUCUUGUUGUUAACUUGCCUAGAAGACACUUGAUGUUUCUUGUAUUACUACAUAACCACCUAGCCUACCAGUCCAAAGUGAAUGUGCACUCCCUUUUCCUCACAGAGUACUUUGUUUUUAUUGACGGUUUUUUUCUUGUCUUUUGUUGUUGUCUUCUUGGCAGAGCAAAUGACACGUUCAGGAGACUUUGACAGAUGAGUAGUCAUGGAAAGCUCAGACUGUUUAAGACUCAUUACAUUUUUGGCAGCCAAAAGUAAAAUUUUAAAUGCAGUUUGAUCACAGCAAUAGUAGCGUCUUGGUUUGAUUUAUACUCCGAAAACGAUUAAAAAUGCUUUAAUGAUUUGUGUUCUAUCUCAGCCAAUCCUUGGAUCACCUACUGUACAAAAUACAGCUUAAGAAAAGUAAAUCCCCAAAGAUACAGAAGGACCACUCAAUUGCAGCAUCAGCCCUUUUGCCUUCUUUUGAGUAUUUAAUUGUUUAGUGUAUAAGAUCGUAGAAUAGUGGAAAUUGCGUGGCUCAAAUAUCCAUCUUUUAAACGAUCCAAACCUACACAACCACUGAUUAAUAGUGGAUGUAUCUUCAUGGGACUGGAAGUAUAUAGAUGUUUAAAUGCACUGGAUUAAGUGUCCUGCUUGAAUUAGCUUGUUUGUUACCAAAAACAUAACGGCAUUAAUAUUGCUUGACAAUGAACUUUUAUCUAGCUUUUUUGAAAAUCUGCAUACUGAUCCAGAGAAGUGAACGAUAUACAUCAAAGAAUUGAACUGAAAGCACUUAAAGCACAUUUACUCAACUAUCCCUUUAUGUUUAAGAUUUUCAUCCUAAAAGAGAAGUGGGACCCAGCAUAUAAACUGGCCGGGCGUUUUACUGGGAUUCUGCUCCCGAUGUCCUCUUAGCGACCCUUUUAGGUUUGACUGUUCAGGAGCACGAUGACCAACUCCCAUUAGUAAGAGACGGGUGCUGGUAAGGGCUACAGUUUGCUCUGUGUAAAAUGAACGUUUUCUAACCACAGCCCCUUUGUAAUCCACCUUUUUAUGGAAGAUUUAGCGCGGCGAUAAAUGAAAGAUGGAGACCAAUCACGUCAAAGUGCCAAAUCACCACCUCUGUCGGAGGGGCCCCGUUUACGCAGAACCACACGAUGGUUGUACACACAGUAUGUGAUGUAUAUCCUGAGUCAAACCGCUGAAUGUCAAAGGGUAUUGUUUCUGUGACGGUAUCGUCAGGACAGCAUGUUUACAUUUGUUACAAAUGAUUACUCUCCAUGGGUUACCGCGACGACAUUGUGCCAGUUUUGAUAUUAACAGCUUCUCAUGAGCACAGAACUAUGCAUCAGUAAUUGUAGGUGAUUACUAAAGAAGCGAGGACGCCGGUAGACUCGGGGUGCUCCUGACCGAUGACAAACCAAAAGGUCUAGUCGGCCUCCCGCAGCCUCACAAUGUAACAGGUGGUUUGGAUGGAUAACGCGUGUUUGAACAUUUUAUUUUAGAAACCAGCUUUAAAAAAAACAAAACAAUUUCCUACUGGUACUUUUUUAGUGUAAUUUGUACCUUUUUUGCACGACCGAGCUGUAAAUUUGAUAAUGCCAUCUGACAGUGUGCGAGCGUGUGUGUGUGUGUGUGUGUGUCUGUGCGCUUCAAGUAUAAUGCAUUGUUAUGUUGAUGCAUGUCAACUGCAGCAACAAAACCUACAUUGGGUUUAAAGAGUGGCUCCGCUUAAACUCGUUAAUCCCCGCCUUACUUUUUUUCCUUUUUAUUUUCAGCUUCUAUUUAUGAAUACACACAGUAUAUUUGUACAGAGAAAAUGACCCUUUUGCAUCUUCUGUGAUGGUCUAGACUUUUAUGGCACUUCUGCAUGAUGGCAAUAAACUAUUUUGA